AUGUAUCUGGGAAACGUUUUCCUCUCUUUUCUGGCCCUUGGUGGCCUUGCUGCCGGAAUCCCGAGUCCCAAUGGCAACAACGUCCACGACAUUGAAGCCAGGGACUUGGAUGGUGGCCUGCACGACAUCGACCCUCGCGCAGCCGACAUGGACCUGGACAAGCGCACCUACAGAACAUGCUGCCCCCACGGCACCUACCUGGACGACAAGUAUAGCUGUGUCUGCAAAGACAAGGGCAAGAUCUUUGACCCCAAGACGGGCACCUGUGCCUGUCCCGAGGGACUGAAGUGGGAUGGCCGUCAGUGCCGAGCCAGAUGUGGUCGGGAAGCUUAUUACGACAACGGCCAGAAGGCCUGCGUGUGUAAGAAGAAGUGCCACGUCUUCGACACUGCCACCAAGAGCUGCGCCUGUCCUGACGGCAAGACGUGGAACGGCUAUAGGUGCCAGUACGACUGCGGUAAGGAAGCUUACUACAACAAGCACGAGAAAGCCUGCGUGUGUAAGAAGCAGGGUCAGGUGUUCGACCCUGCCACCAAGGGCUGCGCCUGUCCCGAGGGCAAGACUUGGAACGGCCAUGAAUGUAAAUACGACUGCGGCAAGGAGGCUUACUACGACAAGGGCCAGAAAGCCUGCGUGUGCAAGAAGAAGAGCCAGGUUUUCGACGCUGCCACCAAGAGCUGCGCUUGCCCCGAGGGUAAGACGUGGAACGGUCACGAAUGCAAAUACGACUGCGGCAAGGACGCCGAGUACAACGAGCACAAGAAGGAGUGCAAGUGUAAGAACCGAGCCAUGACCUACAACCCAGACAACAAGAGCUGCGCCUGCCCCCACGGCAAGAUGUGGGAUGGACGCGGGUGCGGGCAUGGGCGUUCCCAGUGA